AUAUUGUUUAUACAUAGCAAGAGUCGUCAAAAAAUGUUCCAAGAAUAAAGUUGUUUGAAAUAACGCUGUUUUUAUUAUAGCAGGCUAGUAAUUUCAUUAUUGUAUUCAUUCAGUUAGUGUAGAAUAAAAGUUUUGCGCAAUAUAAAAUUAAAGAAAAAAAAAUCUUAUUCUUACAAAAGUUUGAUGAAACAAAUCAAGUUUGUAUUUAUCUUUUACUUUGUUCAAAUGUAGAAAGAGUUGGUCUAUGUACUAAUAUUAUAGAAAAAGAAAAAUACUUAACAAAAAUGGCAUUCCAAGGGCCAAACAGUGAUAAGGAUUGGAAAGAAGCAGCUAAAGAGGUUCUGAAGACUUAUUAUCAGCUGUUUUUUGGAACUCAGUGGCACAAGUUUGACAAAUCUACGGACAAUGAUAUUGUAAGGGCAAAGAUUUGCUAUGUCAUGCAUGGUCAACCAACUAAUUACGCUGAAAAAAUUGAGAUGGCUUACACGGACAAGCAGAGAAAGGAUGCACAGAGAAUAUUAGAUGCAAUAUAUAAGGUCCACAAGGAAUCAAAAUCCACUGAAAUACUUAUUGGGUUCAUCUUUAUAUACUGCAAGGACGACAAAAAACAAUAUACUCUUCCUCUGUUUUCGGUAUUUGUCGGCAAGGAUAAAGAUGGUCGAGAUUUGAGAAAUUUUGUGGAUCCCGACGGCCGGACUUACAAAAACUGGGACGACUGGAAGUCUAGCAACCGUCUCCCUGAGCUUGAGUACUGCUAUCCUACACGAGGUUUCUUUACAUGCAGUGGAGGUAAUGAUUAUACAUUUGAUUAUGACUGUGAUCCUGAUGUGGAGUUUGGAGUUUCACCAGCAAGUCUUAUUUCAUCAAAGAUAAUUGGCAGUACAGACACUAUCACAGCAAUAACAUCUAUUGCAUCUGGUAUAGUGGGAAUAGCUUCUCUCUUCACCCCACUGGCGCCUGCUGUGAUUAUAACUGCUGCCGUAACAGGCGCUACUUCUGCUGGUUAUGGUGCUGUUAGAGGAGCCACUCGACUGUUUGACAAAGACACGCAUGGAGAAAGUCUUGCUGAUUUUGAAAGUAUGACGCUUUGGUUGGGGAUCGCUGCGGCACCGCUGAGUUUCACUUCUUCUUUAAUUAACACUAGGUUAAUAUUUGGGGCCAAACAAUGUCCUAUUUUUAGUAGAUCGAUGAGGUCGUUUGCUACUUUCUUGAACUUGACAACAUCCAGUGUGUGCAGUGCCAUGCUUGGAAUGGGACUUGAAAACUUAAUUGACAAAGCGUCGAAAGACAAGCUCACUCCGCUGGAAGUUAUGCAGUUUUCCAUCAGAGUGUUCUUCUUCUCCAACACUUUGAUGCAGCCGGAGGUGGCCAUGAGCAUCAUACACCAAGCUACGGAGAUGCAUUUGAACAAAUACAUGGACGAUUUGUCUGAUGAGGCAACCAAAGAAAUAAUGUAUAACUUCAUGGACAGAAAUCGUGGAGACGAAGGCAUCAAAGACACGUCAAAUAUCAUUCGAACUGUUCACAGAAUGGAUUCGAACACAUUUUUCAAAUCCGUGAAUCCAAAUGACAAAAUCGACAUAGGAGGAAGUAAAGGGCGUACGUCUGACGCUGAGGGCAAUGUUAGCAACAUAAACCCUAACAGGACGGAACUGGAAGAAAGACCUACACUACUGAUGGAAAUCGCUUUGGAGUUAUUACGGUCAGACCAAAAGGUGCACAAAUAAGCACCAUGUUUCAGAAACCUGAGUGUCAUUCGGAAUAUGUCAAUAAGCUUCUCAAUUAUUUUAAGGACUCUGCGGGCCCGAUCGAACCAAACAGGGAUGCUGCUAAUCGACUUGCAAGAUUUAUGGGUUUCAGGGAUUUUCAAGUGUACCUAAUUGAUAAUGAAAAAAAAUUAAAGUACAUGAGACGACCACCCUAGAUCCAAUAGUUCAUGAAGAAAUUGUCCAUCAUCUUAACAUGAUUUCUAUUUAGAUCAAACUCAACUAUUUAGAUCAAGCUUAUAAUAUGGAAGGAAAACUGAUUUAUCAAAACUGUUACAUAGCUCUUUUUUUUUUUCGCAAAGAACUCUUGAUUCUAAGCCCGAAGAUACUAAGAUUUUACAUAUAAGUCAAAUAUUUUAAAGUUAACUCAUUUAUUGAAAAAUGGAUUCCUCAAUUUUUUUUUCGAUCUUAAGUAAUAUUUAAUAAAAUAAGACUAUAAAACUCUCAGAGAUAAAAGUUAUUAGUUUGAAGAAGUGUAGGUGGAAUAAAAAAAAAUAGAAAAUGUGUUUGAAAUCUAAAUAGAAGAUCUACACAGAUAACAGUGCCAUUAUGAUUCAAUGUUCUUCCAGAUCUAGAUUAGAUUUUGCUUAUAUAUCUAUCUAGAUCUACGCCUGAUGUGUUGGCCUGCAUGGACUUUUAGCUAUUCUAUAUCUAGAUCUACUCCUGAUGUGUUGGCCUGCUUGGACUUUUAGCUAUUCUAUAUCUAGAUCUACUCCUGAUGUGUUGGCCUGCUUGGACUUUUAGCUAUUCUAUAUCUGGAUCUACGCCUGAUGUGUUGGCCUGCAUGGACUUUUAGCUAUUCUAUAUCUAGAUCUACUCCUGAUGUGUUGGCCUGCUUGGACUUUUAGCUAUUCUAUAUCUGGAUCUACUCCUGAUGUGUUGGCCUGCUUGGACUUUUAGCUAUUCUAUAUCUAGAUCUACUCCUGAUGUGUUGGCCUGCUUGGACUUUUAGCUAUUCUAUAUCUAGAUCUACUCCUGAUGUGUUGGCCUGCUUGGACUUUUAGCUAUUCUAUAUCUAGAUCUACUCCUGAUGUGUUGGCCUGCUUGGACUUUUAGCUAUUCUAUAUCUGGAUCUACUCCUGAUGUGUUGGCCUGCUUGGACUUUUAGCUAUUCUAUAUCUAGACUAAAAGAUAUAGGUCUUUGGCCAAAAUGUUAUAAUUGUCUUCCUAUUUAUUACAAUUAAAAUUAUUUAUUCAACAUAUUGGCACACAAUUUUUAUCAUAUUUAUAUCCUCCUCUCGUAUUAGUAUUAACAUCUUUUACUUUAUACUUUUUUAAAUUGGAUUUUGUUUGAACACAGGACCCCUUAAAACCAAAAAAUAUUUCUAUUAUAAUUCCAUUUAAAAAAUAAGGUCUGAAUUAGACUUAAUGAGCCUCUUACCUUCUUGAGCUGUGGGAAUUUUUAAACGUCAAAUACUAUGAAUCAGUGUUAUUGAAUACCCAAAGGAUUAUAUUGAUAAACUAACAAGAUAAACUAACAAAAAAAAAAACAAGAUAAACUAACAAGAAAACAUUAUUAAUUAAAAUGAAUUUGAUUGAUAAUGAAAGUAUGAUUGUGUAUACAGGAUAUGAUCAAGUAGGCUAUAGGGAGCUUUUUUUUUUUUUGGCUAUGCUUUUCUUUUGAGAAACCAAGGUAUGUUAGGUCAUAGUUGAUACAAAUAUAAGUCAUGUGAUAAUUCAAGGUUUUUCAUUUUAUCAAGGAAUGUGAAACAGUUAAAGAGGUGGGUUUUUUUUAUAGGGGCAUACACUUGACAGUCUAAAUAGGACUAAAUAGAGCCCAGAUCAACAUAUUUAAAAUAUACUUAUAAAACGAGUUCUAGUCUAGAUAUAGUAUAUUAUAUAUCAAGAUUCUAGAUCUAGAUCUUGACUUAGAUAUAGACUUAGAUCUAAAUCUAGAUUGACUAGAUCAAGACUUAGAGACUUAGAUCUAUUUCUAGACUUAGAUCUUGAAUCUAGAUUUAUAUCUAAAACUUGUAUGACAAAUGACAAUGGAGAUUUAAUUUUUAUUUGCUAUGGGAAAGUCGUUAAGACUUGAAUUGUUGUCAUUUGUAUACAAUUGUAGUUUAAAGUAGGUCAAGAAUUAUUUUCUUUCGUGUUGCCAAUUUAUCUAAUUUUGUUAGAAGAAGAAUAUUUUUUUUUUUAGUUUUUCUUUAUUACAAUGUAACAUGUUAUUUAUUUUGAAUGUAUGGAUAAGGUUAAUAAUUAUUAUUUUUAAAAAUAUAAGUGUACGCUUAAUGAAUAUAUGGAGAUGCUGUGGCUGAGGGGUGAAGCACUUGGAACUGGAAGUCCCGUGUUCCAAUCCUGGUGAAGACUCUAGGUGGACCAAUUCAGGGGCCGAUUUUGAGUUUGUGUUUCACACAAACUGUCUUUGUAACCUUGUUUUGAAUUAGAUUUUGUAUAAUAAUCGUAUAAUUUUGUUAUUACUAAAUUUAUAUCUUAUUUCAAUCUUUGUAAAGUUACAAUCAUUUUUGUUUAAAAAGAAGUUUAAUUUUUUUUUAAUUCUAUUCAGAGAGUAAAAUUAUAUUAAGCGUA